AAAUACCCUGCUAUGGUAUAAGAUAACGCCUGAAUGGUGCAAUGGGAGAAUGAAGAAUGCGAUUGCAAAUCAUGCAUUCGUCGGAUACAUAUCACCAGUCUGGUGCACGCUGAGUCGUUGAAGAUUGAACACUUCACGUCAUCUAUAGAUGAUUUGCAAUUAAUUGCCCCUCAUCUUACACACACAAUGGGUUAUUAUUGGCAACUUCUUGAAGGCCUUUGCAUAGAGCUCUGGAGAUACAGCAACAAAGUAGGCAGUAGGCCGAGAAACGUACUGCCAGUGAACCUUGCUCUCAACUGUUGGUUAUCAACCUGCACCAAGCAGUUGUGUCGUUUUCAGCAGAUUUUAGAAUUAACGCCGGAGAGAUCGGAGGAGUUGCAGUACAACCUGCGAGCCUAGAGUGUUAUUCCGCUCUCAUUGUGCGUUGCGUUGCUUUGAUGUUUCGAUGUCUCUGUGGUCUCAUAUCUCGCGGAUCGGCCGAAAUCCGAGCUCCGGAUGCGGCUGACUAAUGGCGUAUUUGGCGCUAGACCGCUUAUAGCUAAAAGACCUCGGGAGCAUCGCCAGGCAUAUAAUCACGUGAUAUAAUUCCCUGUCCGUUCGUCUGAGGUCAUCUACUCCGUGUAUGGCAGCGGGCAGCAGCCACAACAUGCGUUGGACCUGAACAAUCCCACCACUCUUAGAUUUGGACACAUCCCUGCUGUAUCCGAUCUCUACUCCUUUCCAAUAUUACUUUGCUUCUAUCCUCGCUUCCCUCCGGCCUCGACCCCGAAAACCUGUCCUCAGAAUCGCUUGGCGCUCGAACGCAGCUCUGUUUGGGCUACUCACUCCAAUUGCCGUCUCCGUCCACAGGCCUCAGCAAUCCAUAAACCUUCAUUCAAUAUCUAAUAUCUAUUAGCGAAUUAGCUAACAAUCGCUACAUCAUUUCUAUACCCCUUGGAAGAGCGCCAGCGUUGAUCCGAUCUCACCUCUUCCUAGACCUCCUCCGUAAAGACAUACGCAAAGCUGCCGCCUCCGUUGAAACAUAACAACCUCUGCCCCACGAGCAUAUCCAGUAUCAGUGGUAUCUCGACAAGACCCCUACAUCUCCCUCACAGCUGCACUCGCCUUCAAUUCUUCCCUGGUAUCAUACGGCUCAUACUGGAGGCUUGUCGCAGCAAAAGCGGUCUCCAGGGCUCCGAGGUUCUGCCACUGUCACAGAUUUUUUUAUAUUCUAUGAUUAUUUGGUCUUCCUACGGCACACCGUCAAACUCCCAUCGAUCCAUGCGCUACAUCCUAUCGCCAAGCACGGUCGAAAAGUGUCCCUACCUUUGACCCCGGUAUUAUGGUGCUUUUGAUUCUACUUUGAUAUUCCGUGCCUGCAGUAUUCGAUAGUCAUAUCCGAAUAGCUGUGUGCUUUCACUUUCUGGCCGACCACUAUUCUCCAUUGCCUUGCGGUACAGCUGGAAUCUCGCCUUGGCGUGGUCCUUCGUUAUCACUCCCAAAAAAAUCCCAUUUAAGUAUCCUCGCCGUGACCUCGAUAUCGAUUACCACUUCAAACUGUCUCCUAUACCGUCUCCAACGGAGCCUCAUAGUCUACUAAAGUAAAAUAAAUCUUCGGAUUCAGAGCCAUACCAUGCCGAUGGCUUAUUCCCCGCCUCCAGUUUCCCCAAACACCGCAGCCGGCCCGUUUCACGGGAUGGGCGCAACCCAGUCGCACAUGAUGACCUCCAACGCUCGAAACCGUUCGAGAUCUCCCACCUCCAACCCUCAACCUGUCUCGAAGCGCGAUAAAAGACGGAGUGCCCUACAAGAUAGGGUCCAUGACCUCACCGAAACAUUCAGCAACGAACGCGAUUACCAUUUCCGCAAACAAGUUCACGAUUUGCAAAAUGAAAUGACCCUUAUUUCCAGCUCCCAGCUAUAUGACACGGAACCUCUGAGCGACUCACCAGAAACAAUUUCGAAGCUCAUUGAACAGCUCUCCGCGGCUGGGCAUCUCGUGCCUGACACGAUUCCUUCGGGCAAAUGGUAUGCCAACUUUGUUCAGGAAAUGAAUCAAACGAAAGAGCAGCGGGAUUUAGAACUCGCCGUACUCAUGAAUCGUCAUCGCGACCAAUUUUCACGAAUUAAGCGGGAACAUGACUUCAAAAUCCAGUUCGCACACCAGGAAUGCGCCAAACUAGGGGAGACAAUCAGGGAACGAUUGGUUAUGUCAAUUUCACAAAAGAAAAACCGACUAAUGAAAGAAAAGGAACAACUCGACCUUGCUGACACCAACGCUCUCCUCUUGCAUCCAAAUCAAUUUUCUAUUGCAAACCCUUCAAGUCCUGGGGGGCUGCAGAGCAACCGAAAAACCCGCCACACGCGCCAUAGGGUUGAUAUGGAUGACAUGGGAAAUGGAAUUGGCUCGGAAACAACCAAUAAGCGGAAACGAAAAGGCCCACUGGAGGAUGACUUCGGUUCUCCCGCGCGCGACGGUGGCAUGUCAACGCCGGCAGACCGAACAAAAUCGCGACUGACACAGCAUCAAAACGCCGCAAGCUAUCACAUAUCGUCCCUCUUUACCGAAAAAGAGCUGGCAAUGCACAGCAACAGCGCGCACGUCGCCGCCCUCCACUUCCUCGCUGCCUCCAAAAAAGCAAAACAAGCAUCAACCCCAGCCACAAACGGACAGAACGCCGCCGACGGCGACGACCUAGCAGGCUCCGGCGCUGACGGAGGCAGCGGGCAGGAGGACGCCAGCGCCGCGCUCGAGAUGGAACGAACAGCCAGCCAAGGCUACCAUGCCACACGCUCGACACGGAACACAGGCACAUCGGGGCUAACCCUCCUCGGCGAUCUGGCAGACAAGACCGCCACCCGGCCCAACCUACCCUAUUUCAUCCUCGGAAACUACCACGCACGACCAAACGGGUCCGGCUCAGCGCCGCCACCGCCGCCGCUCAUGCCGGACGAGAUCGAGGACGAUCUCGCGCGCAUCGAACGGCUCGCUAGCAAACCGCGCGGCUGGAUCGACAUGCGCCUUGUCAGCGAGCUCGUGGACGCGACGCACGAACACGAGCAUGCACACGAGGAGAUGGUGGAUGGGAUCUUCCUGGAGAGUUCGGAGCGCUUUGGGUCGCUGCAUCCGGAUUUCCCCGCGCAGAUGGACGUGCAUUUGGUUCGACUGUAUCCGCGCAAGGAAUCGUGACAAAUCACAAUAAACCACCCCCCACCCCACCUGGUCCUAACGCUUUGGACAUGGGGGACGGUUAUUUGAUAUUGGUAUUCUAUGUUCUAUGUCCUGGCCUUGUUCUUCUUUGUGUUUGCAAGCGCCAGCGGCGGGGGAGCCCGAUUACGCGUAACUAUAAAUCUGUCCGUCUGUCCGUCUCACUAUUGAGGCGUUUUUUUUUUUUUUUUUGCCCUUGGUCCUAGGAACUUCUUGCUCUUCUUUUCUGUCUGUAGCUCGCGCUCGCGCUCGCGUUCCAAGGAAGUUGGCGUUAUUAAACUGGAUAGGGUUGGGUUGGGUUUGCGUUUAUUUUAUAUGUAUCCAACCAAUGUUUUCCCCCCCAAUGGGGCUUAAAGCGGGGGAUAUAAUUUUAUUUUUCUUUCUAUUUCUAUCCGUAAGGCGCAAUUGAGUUUUCCUCGUGUCGGCAGCCACUUUUUCUAUAUUAACUAUUUUAACCUCUUUCUUCUUCUUCUUCUUCCUGUUGGUUUUUCUGGUAUCUAUGAUAUAUACUCGUGCCUCAAUUCAAUCCCUAUAUAUACCGUAGCCUAGUAAGUCGCAUUACCCUACCCCACCCACCCUGUACCCUGUAACGGAAGAAAAAU